UCAUUCAUAACAAUGGCGGCAUUGAAAGCAAGUGUUUGCUGAUGAUGUUUUGUGUGUGACUGAUUCUAAUAAUAUUUUAUAUUUAAACCUGAUGUGUAUGUAUAUUAAUAGCGGUUAUUAAAACACAGACGUUAGUCUGCUCUGGUUAAAUUGUGCACACAUUUGCCCCUGUGUUAAUACUCAUACAGAUUUAAUGCUGAGUAAUAAUAAUAAUUAUUAUUUAAAAGUUUGUUUGGAUAUAUAACAAGUGCCUUAAAUCGUUUACACUUUACGUCAUGGAGGAGAGGAUGGAGAACAUGUCGCCUGGGAGACCAAACAAAACAUCAAGUUCCUCGAGGAAACAUAAAAAAAGAGGAAACAAAAGGAGCAACGUCAACAAGGUCGAUAGCUGGUGCAGUGAAGAUCAAACGGAUAUGAGUUGCGACCCGGUACCGGGUAUUGAUUACGCUCCGAUGUUCUGGCAACAAUCAGCAGCAGUUGGCCCUCAUGUUGCACCGAUGCGCAAUGGCCAGAGACUCUUCACUACGAUGUCCGAUCCAAGUUUCUGCGGGUACUCUACAGUUCCCGUGGCCUAUGCGAUGGAACCCGUCUCGAUGCCGGGGAUCUAUCCUCUGUACAGGCCGACUCCUCAGCCAAACUACCGACCACCGCGAGGCAGACCCAGGAGAAACAUUCCCCAGCACCAUCCGACCCAUUCCCAGGCCCAUCAGGGCAUCAGCAACAUCAGCAACAUCAGCGGAGUCGCCAACGGGUACUCGAGUCUCCAGGAAAACAGGACCAGCUUCUCAACUUUGUACCAGAAUGGAGACUACACUUCACUGCCUCCUUCUGCUAACAAUCACAUCGUCACUGACGGCGAUGACUUGAAUUCGGAGCACAGGAGGUACUCGGACCCAGGUCUAGGUCCUGCAGACCUGCCGCCUUACACCAACAGCGAGGACUCUGACAGCGGUGGCAGCUCCAGUUCUAUCACGACUAUCGGGAAAAAUAAUAAACUCGUUCUUUCUUUAGUCGAGCAGAUGACUGCGCUAAGAGAAGCAAAUAGCCAGAUGUUUAAACAACUUAACGAAACAAAACUGUCAUUAGAAAAUGUAACUACGGAAUUAGGUGAAAUAAAACAACACGCGUCCUCAGAUUAUCAGCCAGGAAUGUUAUCAGAUAUUAUUAGCGAGAUUCGACAAGCAAAUAAAACGUUAGAUGAAACAAUCGAUGCAAGAAUAAACGCGAUAGUUGAGGAGAAAACCCGACAAAAACUACUAGAGCUUGACGACCUCAAGGAACAACUGGCCAAAAUGACCGAGCAAAAGGCCAAGGGAGACAGAAGGAUUGCAAAGUUGGAGGAGGAGGUUGCUAGUCUUAAAAUUAAUGCCUCCAACAAUGAGGGUCGGGAGAUCGCAGCCUUCGAAGAAGAGACACUGGCGCUGAGACGUGAGCUCCAAGAAGCACGGGCGAGAAACACUGCUGAGAAUCGAGUGGCUAAACUGGAGAAACUGGUGGCGGUACUGCGUAAAAAGGUGAGCGGUCUCAACAUCACCGAUCAUCAUCACCAUCGUCAUCGUCAUCAAUCAGUAGACUCCGUGGAUUUUUCGACUCCUGCAUCAGUGUCGUCUGUCAGCGAUGCGUUGCCUCACACUACUGCUGAGCUUCCCGAUGAUGAUAAUGGCAACAAUGACAAUGACAACGAUGACAACAGCGACGAUACCGAGUCCGGACAUUCAAUUUACAGCAACAAUGACUCGACAAUCAGCAGCAGCGUCAGCAUGGGCGGUCCAGUUACAGAUCUUUGAAAUAUUUUCAUAUUAAAUAAUUAUUUUUACAUCGAGUUUUAAAUAUUUUUUAUUUAUUUAUAAAUAAUAAGCAAUGCAUUUAUUUUUAAUUUACAAUAAUAUCAAUAAUAAUCAUAAUUAUAAUAAUAAUAAUAAAACGUAGACCAAUGAUUGCCUCAAUCGCACGACGGUAGUAGUUUUAAUAUCAAUAGCGCCAAAUAAAUAUAUGUAUAUAUAAAUAUGAUCUGAAUGAGCUCAUUUACUGUCUAUUUAGAUAAAUAAUCAACAAUUAUUUAUUAAAUAUUUUUUUAUUGUAUUUAAAUUAAUAAUUAUAAAUAAUAUUUAAAAUAAUAAUUAAUUGUUAAAAUAUUACCUCGUUAUUUAUCGUCACGAGUAUUUAUUUUUAUCACCGCUCAUGAAUACGCAUCUGAUAAGGAUUAUAUAAAAAAUCUUUUUAUUAUUUGAUAAGCUAGAUGCGUGUAUGAUUCACUUAAUAAUAUUUUCUUAACUUAAAUUAUUUUUCUAAAUACUUUUAAAUUAAUAAAUUUAUCAGAGCUUUAGUUUUUAAAUAAUAAUUAUGUGUCUGCAGUAUAAAAAUAAAUAUUCGACCUCAUUAAUUUCAUUACUGCAAUUACAAUAAUAAUAAUUAAUAAUCAUUUUAAAAAAAGUGAGCUUAUUUAAACGAUAGCAAUAAUUUACAGAAUUUAAAACGACUUAUGUGCUCAGCGCACGACAUUAUUUAAUAUACGUAAUACAAUAAUUGUAAUAAUAUAUAACAUUUAAAUAUACACAUAUAUAUAAGAAGCUUUAUUUAAAUCACGCGGCCUUUUUCAAAUAUACGUAAAAAGUUUAUUAAAUAAAUAAUUAUAAUUGUUAUAUUUUCUGCGAUUAAUUAAUUGGUCAAUACUCGGGCUCGCGAGCGACAAAUAGAUUUAAAGAUGAUUAAAUAAUUAUUUUGUUUGAUAAUAAAUUUAAAAAGUGCCAUUAUAUAAAUAUAAAUAUAAAAAAAUAUAUUCAUUGAUAUAAUAGUAGACAUUUGUACAACUUUUAAACAUUUAUCGAGUAAAUAUGAUUAAUGUAUAUACUCUCAACACACGGCUUUAAAAUAAUAAUUACCGAGUGAAUUAAACUUCCUUUUUUUUUUUUUUAAAUACAAUUAUUAUUCUAUUUACCAGCAAGUACUUAUGCUGAUAUUUUCUCUCUGUAUUUUUGUUUAUAAUUGUAAAUACGAAGCUCGUUUAUAUCAAUAAAUAAACAUAAUUUUAAUAAUUAAAUAAAAUAACAAAAAAAAAAAAGAAGUAAAAAUAGUUAUGUUAAUAUUUAUUAAAAUCUGAAAAUGUAUACUUAAUUUAUAGACAUAACUUUCGGUGAGUGUAUAAAAUACAUAAAUAUUUUUUUAGUCGUUAUCAAUAAAGUGGCUAUCGCUAUAACUUGAGUAGACAAACUGUUAUUCCUACAUAUGGAUCUUUGUUUUUUCUACUGUACUCUUUGUCUUUGUCUUAAUUAAACUAAAAAAAUCUAGGGCAUGGUUUACAUUAAUAUUUAGUAUUUUAUAUCUAGUAUGUAGUAUUUAAUAUUUAAUAUUUAACACUAUUAUAUUAUAUUGUAUUAGAUAUUUAUUUAAAGAAUGUCAUGUAAUGUAACGAGGAUUGACGAGUUGAGUAAUAAAUUUUUCUACAUCCUAGCAAAAUAUGCGUACAUGUCUAUGGCUUAACAUUUUAUUUGGUUUGAUGAUACAUACUCGUAAGCUCGUGGAGAACCACUGAACUCCAUGUUGACAUAAUCGACCCCACGUCGAGACUCUAGUGGUGCGUUGGGUUGAAUUCUUCGCUGGUUUUACCGAGUACAAGACUCGUCAACAUUUUACACAUCCUAUCUUAUAUACAUUAUCGCGAAUAUUUCUGCACAUUUAUCUGAGCUUGGAAAUAAAUUUACGGCUGCGAAUUUUUGAAAUUAAAUUUAUUAAGAGUAAAAACAAAAAUUUUUUA